AUGAAUUUUGAUGAAAUCCUCAGUCUAAUUGGAGGCUUUGGGAAGUUCCAGAAGAUCUUGUACAUAUGGAUCUGUCUACCUCAGAUCUUUCUGGCGUUCCACAUGCUGGUCUCCAUCUUCACUGGAGCUGUUCCUCCGCAUAUAUGCCGCUCCUCGUCGCCCUCAGCGGAUCUUCCCGCCUUUUCGAACUUUAACUUCAGCAAUUUGUCCAACGCUGAUGGUUGGCCUGAGCUGUCCUGCACGGUUCCCAUGAAUCACAGUGGUGCUGCAGCUCUUGCUGAUGGACACCCUACAGAAAGCUGCCGGGGCAGCUGGGAGUACAGCAAAGAGACUUUUGAAAGCACCAUAGUAACUGAGUGGAACCUGGUAUGUGACAGUGCCAGCCUGAACAACGUGGGCUCCUCAAUUUACAUGUUUGGCCUCUUAGUUGGAGCAGUUGUGUUUGGGAGCUUAGCAGAUAAGUACGGUCGCAGGAUCGUCAUUCUCUUGAACCUGGCUAUCCAAGCUGUUUUCGGGGUCGGUGCUGCUUUCGCCCCUAAUUUCUACGUCUACACUGCCCUUCGCUUUAUGGUUGGAACAUCCAUCUCUGGUGUCAUCAUGAAUGCCUUCGUCCUAGGUACAGAGUGGACGGGAUCCAAGCAGCGAAUGUUGGCUGGUAUUAUCACUGACUACUUUUUUGGCUUUGGCUACAUUCUGCUGGCCGGAGUGGCGUACCUCAUAAGAGACUGGCGUAAACUGCAGCUGGCUAUCUCAGCGCCUGGUUUCCUCUUCAUCUUUUACAUCUGGGUGUUGCCAAAGUCAGCUCGCUGGUUAAUGUCCAAUGACCGAAAAGAAGAAGCAUGGGAACUGAUCCAGAAAGCAGCGCAGAUGAAUGGGAAGCCGCUCAACAAAGAUUUUAAGAUGUGUCAGGUCUAUCAAAUUGAAGAUAAAACCGAGGAGAAGAAAAAGCACUCAUUCAUAGACCUUGUUCGAACCCCAAAAAUGAGGAAGCAGUCUCUGAUUGUGUUUUAUCUCUGGUUUGCCAACAUGCUGGUGUAUUAUGGCCUGUCUCUCAACAUUUCUGACUUUGGAAUGAACAUCUAUCUGACCCAGAUGAUCUUUGGCCUGGUAGAGAUGCCUGCACGCACCAUCACCCUGUUCACCCUCAACCGCUCUCGCAAGAUCUCCCAGCUGGUUUUCCUGGCUGUGGGUGGCACAGCCUGCCUGCUGACCAUCUUCAUCCCCAGCGACUUGUCUGUCAUUAAAACCGUGCUCGCAAUGAUUGGGAAGUUCGGGAUCACAGCUUCUCUCUCCAUCAUUUACGUCUACUCAGCCGAAGUAUUCCCCACUGUUAUCAGACAAAACGGGAUCGGUAUCGGCUCCAUGUGUGCACGGACCGGAGGAGUCCUGGCUCCUAUGCUGUACUUUCUGAGGAGCAUCAGUCCACACGCUCCCAUGGUGCUGUGUGGCCUCUGCCCCCUGCUGGGCUCUGCUCUCACCCUGAUGCUACCAGAGACAGCCAAUAAGCCGCUGCCUGACACCAUCCAAGACGUGGAGGGACCCAACCUCAGUGAGGAGGAUGGCGGAUUGAAGCCAGUCAUCUUUGAGACCUCUCUGAGGAAAACAGACGUCGUCAGCAGCACCAGGACGGACUAA